UAAAAACUUUGAUUUGACAGAUGUGUUGUUAAUUAACCAAGGGAUUUUUGUUUUGAUUUUUUUUAAUUUUUUAUUGCUAAAAUGAGUAUAAUUAGUGAAUACCGCGAAAAAUUGUCGAACAAAAAUCUUGAUUUUGUUACAGACAACAGUAAAAUCAUUUCUCCUGACGAUGUCCUGAAAAUACCACGAGUUACCGAAGCUUACUUGUGUUCACCUGAUGCAAACAUUUAUGAAAUAGAUUUCACAAGAUUUAAAAUAAGAGAUCUCGAAAGUGGUGCUGUGCUUUUUGAAAUUGCAAAGCCGCCUGUAGACCACACAGACGAAAAUGUAGAAAACGAAGAAGUUAUUGACCCGAAUGCGGGUAGAUUCGUAAGAUACCAAUUCACACCCCAGUUUUUGAAAUUAAAAACUGUAGGAGCAACAGUGGAAUUUACUGUUGGAUGUAAGCCAGUUAAUAAGUUCCGUAUGAUUGAGAAGCAUUAUUUUAGAGAUAAACUACUCAAAACAUUUGAUUUUGAAUUUGGCUUUUGCAUUCCAUACUCCAAGAACACUUGUGAACACAUUUAUGAAUUUCCCACCUUAUCACAGGAGUUAAUUGAAGAAAUGAUCGCUUCGCCGUUUGAAACACGCUCAGACAGCUUUUAUUUUGUUGAUGAUCGCCUUGUUAUGCAUAAUAAAGCUGAUUAUGCUUACAACGGAGGUGUUAAUGUUUAGUACUUAAACCACAGGGUUACAAUUGACUAUUCACUGCACAUUUUGCAUUUAGUAUAUUUAUAGAGGGAAUAUGGGCUUUAAAUUUUAAGCCAAAGCACAAACUUUAAAAACAAUACCAAACACUGGUUUGUUUUGAAUCCGUAAUGGCACCUAUCAUUUUUUUUUUGAGACAGAAGACAUUUUGCUAUUUGGACUAAUUAAAAAUAUUUAAAUUUUUUAGAUAACUGCUAUAUCUCCUCAAAGCUUAAAUUGAUACAGUAUUUGUGUUGCAUUCCUAUUGUAUGUGAUAUAUUGUUUAUUUCUAUUGUAUAUAAUUUUAUGUGUUACAUAAUGUAUUUCGUAGUUAUUUUGUAUCAAGUGCAAUGUUAUUAAAAAAUUUUUUUAUUA